CCCAUUGAGACAAAUUAAAGUCCCGUCAGUUGCUGCUCCUUACCCUAUGCAAGUCCUUCUGCAUCAAGCGGGGGACAGAAAUAUCACUUUGGUGGCAGCAGAAACUGGAGCAGUGUUGACCUCUUUCAAGGCAAGGAACAGGAUUUUGUGUGAUGACUACUGCCUGCACGAAAAGAUUCUGCUGGCCUUGACUGAGGCAGUCACGGUGCUUCAAGCGAACACACUAAGUAAUCAAAUCAUGAUGGAGGAAUGGAAAGGCCAGGGACCCUGGAAGGACAUUGAAAGCUUGAUAGAAAAUGAUGAUGCAGGUACUCUGACGAUCCCUGGCCCAGUGGCAAUAUACAGCUAUGUGGUAGACAAAGAGAGAGCUUUAGAGCAGUGGAGGUUACAGGAGAAGAGGGGUUGCAGUCUCAGAGACGAGGCAGCACUCAAUAACCCAAAGAACAAGUUUUUGAUCUUUCUUGGUAAAAGGGGAGGCUGUGUGAAGAUGAAUAAUGGAAAGGUGUUAUGCCAGAUGCCAGCAUACAAUGGUCAGAGAAUCACCACCGUCCAGCCUCUAGCCCACCUGGCAGCACUGAAGUCCCAACUUGCUGCAACCUUUCAAGAGCCCAAUGACAGCUCCUACGGCUUAAAGCAUGUCAGUCUGUUGACUCAAAGCCAAACAGAUUUCAAGCCUGAAGAAGGACAUUCAGACCACUUAACAGGUCACAGUUUUUAUUGCAAGACUGUGCUUCCCCAUCUGAAGGUGUUUGUUUCCAGCAGUCUGGAUAAGAAGGGGCAAAUGUGGGAUGAAGAGAAUCGCCUCCUCAGGACGCUCCAGCUGAAUGCGGUGCCUGAAUGCUUGGCGUACAGCGUGUUUGGAGGAGAUGUGUUCCUGGGCAUCAGAGAGGGCCUGUACGUGAUGAGCUGUACAAAGUUCCUGCCACCCAACUGCCAGCAAACAGUAAGACAUUCACCUGGAGAGCUGUCUGUGUGGCUGUGAUUAUAAUGGGGUGUAAUUUGGACU